AUGGCACCAACCCAGUCCGAGGACAACAAUCCUUCAGCAGAGUACAAGCUGAAGAAGUACCUUCUUCUACUGGCCACUCUGGUUGUGGCGGUGACAUACGUUGCCGGCCUCAACCUGCCAGGAGGAGUCUGGCAGGACGACGACACAAAGGAUGCUCAUCACCUCGCCGGUGACCUAAUCCUUUUGGACACCCACCAUGGCCGAUACCUCACCUUCUACUACUGCAACGCGACUGCGUUUGCGGCCUCCGUCGUGGUCUGCCUGCUCCUCCUCAUCCUGCAGGAGGGCAACAACGGAGUCUGUGGAACUGUGCUCCGGGUGGUCAUGGUUCUCGAUUUACUUGGACUCAUGGGGGCCUACGCCGCUGGAAGCUGCCACGAUGCUUUCACAACCAUAUACUCCACACUGGUAAUGUCUGUUGUCUUGGCCUAUGCCGUGCUUACUUUCUCGCUUUAUAUCAUCUCCAAGCUAGAGAAAUGUAAAGAUGAUAAGCAGCAGCAAAAGGAGGAUCAUGAGAGCCAGAGCCCGAGCCAGAGCCGGGAAGAAAAGGACGAGGUCGCAAGUAGCGAGGUCUUGAUGCUACUUGCGACCUUUGUUGUUACCAUCACAUAUGGGGGUGGGCUAAGCCCACCGGGUGGCUUCUGGAGCAACGGCCACCGUGUGAGCCUCCCAAUUCUGCCGGACCACAGCUCCGCCCGCUACCAGGCGUUCUUUGUCUGCAACACAACUGCGUUUGUCGCCUCCCUUCUCAUCAUCAUGCUGCUCCUCGACAAGAGGCUCAAGAAGGAAUUGUCUGUACGGUCUGUUGCACUGUACGGGCUCAUCGUCGUCGCGCUCUUUGGCCUCGUUGGGGCCUAUGCUGCUGGGAGCUGCAGAGAGAUUGAUACUACUAUCUACGUAGUCUCUCUGAUCGGCGCAGUUCUUGCAUACAUCUUCCUCCAAGUGGCGAUUACUAGAGCCGCUCAACGAUGUCGUCAACCAAGCACAAGGGAAAUCAAUGGCUCGCCAGGAACACCCAAUGUACCACAUGGGCCACCUGGUAGCAGCAGGGAUAGAGGACAAGAUGAUGUAGGACUUCCACUCAAAAAAGAUGUUGGACUGGAAAAGGCUCAUGAUCUUGUUAUUUUGCUUGCUACCCUUGUUGCGAGUGUCACUUACCAAGCUGGACUAGAUCCACCGGGCGGUCUGUGGUCAGACAACCAGGAUGGCCACCAUAAGGUUUGUGAUCCGGUACUCCUCACAACAGACCCUCAGCGGUACAAGGUGUUCUUCUACAGCAACUCAGCAGCAUUUGUGGCAUCCUUGGUUCUCAUCCUUAUGGUGAAGUGCGAAUUCCUAGUUAUGCGCCGCUCACUGGAGGCAGCCAUGUUAGUGGAUCUGUUUGGACUCAUAGUUGCAUAUGCCGCAGGGUGCUGCAGGGAUGUGAGCACCUCCAUAUAUGUCGUCGCCUUGGCUGGUGCCAUCCUUGUCUACGUGGUGAUUCAUAUCAUCUUCUUCACACUAGACAAAGACGACAAACAUGGAAAUGCUCAUGAGUUGGACAGUAAACGGGAGGUGUUGCUGCUCCUUGCAAUCUUAGCUGCUACAGUCACUUACCAAGCUGGGCUGACCCCGCCAGGCGGCUUCUGGUCAGCGGAUGACGAGUUUGGUCAUCGUGCAGGAUUCCCAGUCCUUCUCAACAACUACCCUGACCAUUACCAAGCCUUCUUCUACUGCAACGCCACGAGCUUCAUGGCGUCCGUGGCCCUGAUUGUCCUGCUAGUGAACCCAAACCUGUACAUGCCAGGCAUACAGUGCUAUGCGUUCUUUGUGUGCAUGGUUGUGGGCUUGUUUGGAUUAAUGGGCGCAUACGCUGCAGGAAGUUCCCGGCAACUGCAAACUUCUAUCUAUGUCUUGGUAUUGUUUGCUCUGGUUUUCACUUGUGUAACCUCGUGGGUGGUCAUUCUCUUGAUUGGACGACUUAUGGAACAUCGUCGUCAUAAUAAAGGAGAUGGGCCAUCUGUUGGCGAUGGAGGCGUAGCCCGCACUGAUAAUACUGAUGCAGCCCCUGAACAAGACAACGACAAGGAGGAGAAGAAGAAGGAGGAGGAGAAGAAGAAGGAGUACUUGAUGCUGCUAGGAGUCCUGGCAGCGAGUGUGGCAUACCAAUCUGGUCUGAAACCACCAGGUGGCCUCUGGCAGGACAACAAGGAUGGUCCGUAUGGACACUCUGCAAGCAACUCAAUCCUCCACGACAUUGACAAAAGUCGUUACCAUGCUUUCUUCUAUAGCAACUCCACUUCAUUUAUGGCGUCCAUCGUCAUCAUUGUCCUGCUGCUUCCAUUGCAUGAUGAGUUGCCGCUACGCCCACUGCAUAUGGCCAUUUUGCUAGAUUUGGUUGCCCUCCUGGUUGCUUACGCAGCAGGCAGUACCAGAGACUGGGAGAUGUCUAGGAAUGUCAUUGCUCUGGUAAUUCCCUUGCUAGUCUAUAUUGCAUCCUACGCAGUAUACACCUGGUACCGACGAACAAAGUGCAGCGACAGCCGACAGCCAAGGCCUGCCGACAGCGACAUGACAAAAGUUCAGCAUGGAGGCAAUACCAAUGAUGUGGUGGAGAACUUGUCGUAA